AUGUGUUCGACGUGGUUGGCACGUCGCUCCUCCUCCACUGACGCCUCCCCCUCUCCAGGGCCAGCACCGGCACAAAAGCUAGAUGCCACAGUACCGCACGCAGGCACAACGCCAAGGCUUAGCAUGCUCGACGGUAAUUUCGGCCCUACGCCAAGUUACAAUAGUUUGCAGGUGCAGGAGGCAGCAAGGAACGCCCCGACAUACCCUCCUGCCGAUUAUCGUGGUCUGCAGCCUCGACCCGCAAUCUCAAAUGUGGCAACCCCUUCCAAUAAUGACGCGCCCAGCGAAAAUGGUGAUCGUAAUACGGCAUCACCUCGUCCGAAGCGACAACGCAAGUCUCGAUUCGCUACUCUUUCCAGUGAAGUCGACGCCUCGCUUGCCGUUCUUUACCGUGAAUUAGAAUCUGUCGCAUCGCUCAAGGCGCAAAUUGAGGACCUGCAGAUCCAAAAUACUCAGUUCCUCCAGAUCAUAAAGAUCCGCGAUAAUAACAUGGCAGUACUGCGCAGGGACCUAGACAGUCGGAAAGCCGAGAACGAAGAAUUGCUAAAAUUACGAGCAAAUACCUCCCAGCAUGAUACUCUCAAGAGGGAAAUGGAAGAUCUUAAAACGAGAAACGCGCAGCUUGAAGCAGACUUGCAGGUCUCACGCGAACAGACAGCGGCAGCUCAAGAGCUCGUGAAUGAUUGGAAGGGGAAACUUUCGCAGUUGAUCGGUAAUUCUUAG